AGUCUAAAAAAGAGAACAGCUAUUCACUCCUACAGACGGGGUGAAACCUCAGCAGAAAAAGACAGAAGGAGAAGAGGGAGGAAGUGACAGCACAUGUCUCACAAGUUCUUGAGAGACAGAGAGAUAGAGAGUGCAAUAGACCAAGGGCGUAGCCUGUACCAUCGAUUAACAUUUUUUGGAACCACAACUAUACGAGUAUCUAAGUGUCAAGUGGUGCACCCUGAUACAUUAUCCAAAGAAUGGCAUCGUGGGACCUGUCCGUCAGUGUGGAGGAACUGGGAUCGGAGGCACCACCUCUUAAAAUCAGUGUCACCUCGGAACUACAUAUUGGUGGAGUCAUCCUCAAAGUUGUGGAAAAGUCACAAAUAAAGAGGGAUUGGUCCGAUCAUGCUCUGUGGUGGGAACAGAAGCAGCAGUGGUUGCUGAAACCGUCCUGGACGCUGGAUAAAUGUGGGAUUCACGCAGACGCCCGACUCUGCCUCACGCCCCAACACAAGCCCCUGCGGCUGCUAAUGCCCAACGCCAUCAGCGUCCGCCUGAGAGUCUGCUUCUCCAGCCCUGUGUUCCGCACCGUCAUGGGCAUUUGCAAACUCCUGAACAUUCGCCACCCAGAGGAACUAUCCCUACUUUGGCCAGUAGAAGGGAAAAAGAAAAAGAAAGAUAAAGAUGUUGAGGCAGAGGUGUAUGACAUCACAUGCUCACCACUUCCUUCAAGCACCAUCCUGAAGCUUGCCAAUGGCAUGCCUGCUUUCUAUGCUGAAUCUCCUGAAACUGAGGCUGUGUACAAGAUGCUGGCGGUCAGUCAGCCUCCCCCGGCCCCAGAGACCAUUGCGAAAAUGUACCGGACAACUAAUGUAAUGGAGAAAGCACAAGUUAACAGCAGGUGGUUGGAUUCGUCCCGUUCUCUCCUACAACAGGGAGUCAAAGAAAAUGAUAAACUCCAACUGCGUUUCAAAUACUACAGCUUUCACGACAUCACACCACAGACUGAUGUGGUGCGCCUGACCCAGCUGUAUGAGCAGGCGAGGUGGGCCCUCUUGCUGGAAGAGAUCGAAUGCACUGAAGAAGAGAUGAUGGUCUUUGCUGCCUUACAGUACCACAUUGGGAAAGUGUCUCUAACAGAGCAGUUUGUGGCAUCCAGUCCGGCUAUGGAUGAUCUAGAUUCAGCUCUACAGUGCCUGGAGGUGAAAAUGGAAGGAGAGAGCAGUGCAGAUGACAUGCUGGAAACAAUGACAGCGCCAGAACUACAUGACUACUUGAAAAUAUUCAGACCGAAGAGGCUGACACUGAAAGGAUAUAAACAAUACUGGUUUACAUUUAAGGAUACGACCAUCUCCUACUACAAGAGUAAAGAGGAAAGCUGUAAAGAACCAAUUCAACAGAUGAACCUUAAAGGUUGCGAGGUGGCCCCUGAUGUAAGUGUUGCUGGGCAGAAGUUUUGUAUCAGGUUGCUGAUACCCGGGCCAGAGGGGAUGAAUGAGGUCUACUUGCGCUGUGAGCAUGAGCAACAGUACAGCCGAUGGAUGGCAGCAUGUCGUUUGGCCUCGAAAGGCAAGACUUUGGCUGACAGCUCCUUCUCUAGUGAAGUGCAGAGCAUCCAGUCAUUCUUGGCCAUGCAGAAAACCACACCUAGUAAUAACACAGCUCAGACAGAUGAGAGUAUUAAUACGCACAGCCUCGUCUCUCCACGCUACCAGAAGAAGUACAAACCCAAACAGCUCACGCCGAGAAUCCUGGAGGCCUAUCAGAAUGUAGCUCAGAUCUCAUUAACAGAUGCCAUUCAGAAGUUCCUUCAGAUCUGGCAGGCUCUGCCUGACUUUGGCCUUUCUUAUAUUGUAGUCAGGUUUAAGGGUUGCCGCAAGGAUGAGGUGCUCGGCAUUGCCAAUAAUCGUUUAAUCCGUAUUGACCUGAGUGUUGGAGAUGUUGUGAAAACCUGGAGAUACAACACCAUGAGGCAAUGGAAUGUCAACUGGGACAUUAAACAGGUUGCCAUUGAGUUUGAUGGCAAUGUGAACAUCGCAUUUAGCUGUGUAACUGCAGACUGUAAGAUUGUCCAUGAGUACAUCGGCGGCUACAUCUUCAUGUCUACACGAGGACGAGAGCAGAGUGACACCCUGAACGAGGAGCUGUUUCACAAACUGACAGGCGGCCAUGAAGCUCUAUGAGGGAAAAAAAAUGU